AUGAGAAUACGAACUAAUAAACCAACCAAAAAGACCAUAUUGCUUAAACGUGUCAAUAAGAAUCUACAAGAAGAAUAUGCGCGAUCACAUGCAUAUACUGUGCAAGAUAAUGAAAUUCAAGUUUCGUCGGGUUCAAUAAAUAAUGGAUAUGACAGCAGUAAAAAUUUACGAGAAGGUUCAUCAUGCAGAAGUCAGUUUAUUAAUAACGAUUUCGAUUACAGUUUCUCUACAGCUUCAGAUGCAAUAAAUAGCGUUUCAGACACGAUGAGUGACAGUGACCAACUUAUUAAUGAUUUCGAAAGCGAUUUUUUUACAACUUCGGAUGCACUGAGUAGCGCUUCAGACACAAUAAGUAGUAGUGACCAAUCAAUGGUUAUGAGUAAAAUUGAAUUACAAGAGACGAAAACAGAAUGUGCACAAUCUAUAGUAGAAGACAAUGGAAUUAAUUUUCAGCUACUAUCCAGAGAGUACGGUCCAUAUUUUAAAAAUUUUACAGAGAUGUCGCUUUUUACAUGGGUUACUAAGCACAUGAUAACAACUAAGUCGUAUAAAGACCUUGUAUGUAUUAUAAAGCAUUCUAACUUUCGACCCAAUCAAGUAAUUGAGAACGUUCAGCGAUUAAGGUCAUUAAGAAAUCACCUCCCACUUCAAACAAUAAAAUGCCAUAAAGUUUCAAUUAAAGACACAAAUACACUAUCAACAUCAACUCCUUACAAGGAUGCAUAUACUAUAUUCGUAAGCGAGCACAUCCGAAGAGUUCUAAGUAAUAGAGAUUUAUGGUUACAAAUGAUCAGAAGAAUUAUGGUGAUAGUCUCAACCUCCAAUGGUAAUAAAUUGAAAGUUCAACUUCUUUAUUUUGGUUCAGAAUUGCCAAGAGCUUUUACAAGUUCAGCAAGGAUAGAACAAUCACGGAAUGGUGAAUUAUGGUUAAGCGAAAUAACAUACUUAAUUGAUCCACUUAAUGUGAUUGAACUGGUUAAAGCAACACAAAUUGUGAAUGAAAUUAUUUUGUGCUGGGUGGCCGUUGCAAAAGCAUCCCGUUUAAGUUUCAGUUUUACCUUUACUGAGCAAACCUAUAUGGAAUUAGAUGAAGCUCUAAAAAUAGAACAUGUUCUUCUAUUAAAAUUUACAACAGAUCCAUUACUUCAACCUAUAUUAUUUGAUUGGCAUAUGGCACAGAAUAUUCAAGAAAAGGAUACGAAUGUUAUUAAUACAAAUAUCACGUCACAUGAUGAUAAAAUAAGAAACAUCAAAACACGAAAAUGUCUAUCAAAAAGUAAAGUCUACCAGCUUUCUUUACCUAUUAACCUUGACGACAAUCUUCAAUUUACCUAUGAUGUCAUAAGCGCAUAUGAUAUUUAUAUGGAAAAAAGGGCAGCUUUAAUAUAUAAGCAUGUGGAAUUUUAUAAACAGAUAAGAUAUACUUUAUUAAACGAUGAUGCUACAUUUGAUACGUAUGUGAAUUUGCAUUCUGGUGAUAUAGUGCAAAUUCAGGAAGAAAAUGGUCUAUCAUACGCUAUAUUGAAGGGAAUAUUUACGCAUAAAUAUAAUGACGGUUUAGUAUAUUCAUUUAUUUGGGUUGAUUGGUUGCGAGAAUGUUCAAUACUCAAUCUGAUUCUUCAUUGUCCAGUUUACGAAAUACAAAUAGCUGGAAACACACAGUGGCACCGGGUCUACCCGAUAAGUCUUAUCGAUAAUUUAUCGAAGGUUCAUUUUGUACAUCGCUGUCAUUCAACAUGUACUUCAAAUUCACAUGAUUCCUCAAAUAACCAAUAUGUUAGAAAUGAGUUUUAUUAUACAGCAAUUUAA